AUGCCGGAUUGUUUUUAUCUGUUGCUUGUGCUCCAUGUUACUGAAGGCUGUACUCUGACCAACAAUGAAGAACUAUUACAUUUCACAGCACCUACAGGAGGGUCAGUACUGCUGCCCUGCUCCUGUGCUGAGCUACGUGCCAAACCUGAAACAUUAACCUGGAAGAAAUACAAUCAAAACAGUAAGAAGUGGGACAGCAUGCCCAUUAAAAGUGAUCAGUACACAAACAGAGUUCAGCUGGUUAAUGGUCACUCUCCAGGAAAUCUCUCUCUACUCAUAUCACACCUGACUGAAGAGGAUGGAGGGGAUUACAUGUGUGAUGCUAUGAAAAGUGGACUCACAUACAUCAAAUUCACUGUUAAAGGCUGCACUCUGACAAACUAUCAAAAAACAUUAGAAAUCACAGCACAUACAGGAGGGUCAGUACUGCUGCCCUGCUCCUGCACUGAGCUACAUCUCAAACCUGAGACAUUCACCUGGAAGAAAAACAUCAAUAAUAUUUAUCAGAGAAUACACAUUAAAAGUGAUCAGUACAGAAACAGAGUUCAGCUGGUUAAUGAUGACUAUCCAGGAAAUCUCUCUCUACUCAUAUCACACCUGACUGAAGAGGGUGGAGGAGAUUACAGGUGUGAUGCUAUGAAAAGUGGAUCCACAAACAUCAGACUCACUGUUGGAGAACCUCCACAGUCUCUGCCCUUCAUCCCCUUCGCCUUGGUGACUGUGAUCUUCCUCCACAUUAUAGUAGCUGUGGUUUAUCACACCAAGAAAAACAAAGAUACAAACUACACAAUCAAGCAGCUGUAG